GAGCUCUAGUCACGCUUCGCUCCAGCAGUGAGCCGCCGCUUUUUAGGGCGCGCAAAAUGGCACAAAAUGGUUGUUGGUCAAGCAGCAGUGGCGGCAGCUCAUCUUCGGCGACGCAGAGUAGAGGUUUGGCAACAGCAGGCGGACCCCAGGAGGAGCGUUUGGUGGUUGUGGUUCGAGUUCGGCCCAGCGCAGAAACCAACGACCAUUGCAUUGAUGUGAUUUCAGAAAAAUCUCUUUUGUUCGAUGAUGGCGGUAAAAGUCGGCCAAGACAGUAUUCAUACGAUUACGUGUUCAAAGAAACUGAUACGCAGGAAAAGGUCUAUAAGAAAACCACCGCUCCAUUAGUAAGGGACGUGCUUAAUGGCUAUAAUGCUGCGGUAUUUGCCUACGGCGCUACUGGCUCUGGCAAAACACACACCAUGCUGGGACCAUGUCGCAAGAAAACCACCUCAACGGCCAACUCCGAACGUGGUGCAACAGCAGCCUAUGACGUCGAUGCCAAUAACAAUGAAAGUGGGCUGAUGGUACGUGCAAUUGAAGAAAUCUUUCAUAAUAUCGAGAAUUCGCCGAAUAACAGUAGCAAAGUAUCAAUUUCCUACUUGGAAAUAUACAAUGAGCUCAUACGUGAUCUGCUGAAUCCCGGCGGUCCACUUGAACUACGUGAAGAUCAUCGCGGUCAGCGCAUAACAGUUGCCGGUCUCUCAGAGAUCACCACCACAAGUCGGCAAGAGGUCGUCUCUUUGUUGCUAAAGGGUAACAAAGCUCGUACCAUGGAGCCGACAGCUGCAAAUCAAACGUCGUCACGCAGUCAUGCACUACUCAGUAUUACAGUACAAACAAAAACGCCAUUGGGCACGAAGCAAGGUCGUCUCUUUCUCACCGAUCUCGCUGGCUCGGAGCGCGCUAAGAAGACAAAGAAUCGCGGCAAACGUUUGCAAGAAGGUGCGCACAUCAAUCGUAGCCUCUUGGCGUUGGGUAACUGCAUUAACGCUUUGUCGGGUGGCGCGCGUUAUGUAAACUAUCGUGAUUCAAAGCUCACACGCCUGCUGAAGGAGGCAUUGAGUGGUAAAUGCAAAACUGUUAUGAUUGCACAUGUUGCACCGGAAGGUAAGCAUCGUGAUGAGACAAAGAAUACACUUGUGUACGCUGAUCGCGCGAAUAGCAUUUCCACACGUCUGCAGAAUUCUGUGUAUCUUGAUGAGGUCAAAGACUUUCCCACGAAACAUUAUCAAAAUCUCGUAUCCGAGCUACGUGAGGAAGUAACACGUUUGCGUAGUAAAAUGCUGACCGAACGACCUCGCAGUGGUGCCGCAGCAGCAGCAGCCGCACAACCAGCGCGCACCACCGAGGAGGAUGACAAGCGCAAGACCGAGCUGCGUUAUCUACGCGAGCAAAUCGUACUCACGUUCAAGCAACAAAUGAAAUUGCGACGCAAAUUGCUGGAAGCCGAAAGUCAUCUUUUAGGCCUGGAGCUGGAUGCUGAGCGGCAGCAUAUGAUUAUAUCACAUUGGCAAGGGCGCAUGGGCAAACUGUACGACACUCCAGCCGAUGACGACAUUGAAUCUGAAGGCGCAAUUGCUUUGAAAAACGCUUGGGGCGAGCUCUCGGCAAUCGAGAAGGAGACCCGACGUUACAAAGAGAUACGUGAACGCACCGAACAAGAACUGGAGAUGUGCCGUCAGAAAGGCGUACAGCUAGAGGAUGAGCUACCCGAACGCAUUACCAGCGAUGAAGAACGUGAACUUUUAGCGUUACUCUGCCGCGUGCACGAGCUAGAAGCAGAUAAAGUUUCGCUGCAGGCUGAACGCCUGGCAAGACAGGCUGAGCUAAGGAGACGUGAUCUACAACUACUACGGGCUGAACGACAACGACGCUUAUGUGAGGAUAUCAUAAGCUCGCAACGUCGCUUAAUUGAAGAGGGCAACGUUGAGCUGCCUGACGAGCUGCGUGAGCUUUAUGGCUUAUAUCAACAAGAGAUACACGCAGGCGUUGUUACACCAGCCACUUCAUCCGAGCGAAAAUUACCGCCCAUCUACACAGCGGGCUCCGAAUCGCCCGGCUCUAGUUCGAGUUCUGAAUGGUCACCUGGCUCACCGUUGCCACCAAUCGAUAGUCAAAUACCCAGCGCUUUUCAAGAUGGUCCCGAUCGGCAUAUGGGUCCGCUGGUUAAUCCGCGUUUACCGAAAUUAUCAGCCACUGCUACGCCUGCUACUCGCCGCGGCACCUCAAUACGACUUGUUAAGCACACGGCCAACAACACUUAAACCCACAACACAGUUGAGGGUUUGUAAUUAAGAAAUUCAGAGCAAUAAUUAAAUUAGUAAAAUUUUCGAACUUUCUUCACACACCCUUUUGAAUAAGUUUUCGCUCAGGGAUAUUUUAUUUAUGUAUAUCUGAAAAAAGAGAAUUCUACAAAAGAGAUUAAAGUUUU